CAAUAAGAAUUAAAAAAUAAAAUAAAAAUUAUCCUUCGUGAGAAACAUGGCAGACAGUGCUUGGCGGCAGAGCUAAAAACACCUUCUUGUUUCAGACUUAGUUUCAGUUUCAGUUUCAGAUUCUGAUGGCUAUCUCCACUUCCUUUGUUCCUCCUCUCUCUUUCAAUACCAUUUCUUCUUCUUCUUCUUCAUGGUCAUUUUCUUUGUUAUCUCUGACCCCAUUCAGGCCCCAUUACCAUGCUUUGGUGGUGUCUAAUCCCAGCUCAAAUGGACGGUUAAUGGUUCAAUGUUCUUCUUCUGAAAUGGGUUCCUCUUCUGACCCCAUCAAUAUGAGGCAAUCUCAGAUGUCAUCUAUGGCUCCUUUUGGAGUGACGAUGAAUGAAGGUGUCAUGUCUAAAUCAUCGUAUAAAUGGCGAAGGGUGUUGCUUAAAGUAAGUGGAGAAGCACUUGCGGGAGAUCACUUGCAAAAUAUAGACCCAAAGGUUACAAUGUCUAUUGCAAGGGAGGUUGCAGCUGUGACUCGCCUUGGCAUUGAGGUUGCAAUUGUUGUUGGUGGGGGAAAUAUCUUCCGUGGUUCUUCCUGGGCAGGAAGUAGUGGCCUUGACCGUUCAUCUGCUGAUUACAUUGGGAUGUUGGCCACUGUCAUGAAUGCUAUAUUUCUUCAAGCAACGAUGGAGAGUAUUGGUAUCCCUACUCGGGUGCAGACUGCAUUUCGCAUGUCUGAGGUUGCAGAGCCAUAUAUACGUCGAAGAGCUGUGAGGCAUUUGGAAAAAGGAAGAGUUGUAAUUUUUGCAGCUGGAACUGGAAAUCCAUUCUUCACUACAGAUACUGCUGCAGCCCUUCGUUGUGCAGAAAUUAAUGCAGAGGUUGUGCUGAAAGCUACAAACGUUGAUGGGGUCUAUGAUGAUGAUCCAAAGAGCAACCCUAACGCUCGUCUUCUUGAUACUCUAACUUACCAUGAGGUGACUUCAAAAGAUCUUUCAGUGAUGGACAUGACAGCCAUUACUUUGUGCCAGGAAAAUAAUAUUCCAGUUGUUGUCUUCAAUCUAGGUGAACCGGGGAACAUCUCAAAAGCAAUAAAGGGAGAGAGGGUUGGCACAUUGAUUGGAGGGACGCGCAAUUCACCAGUGACAAGGACAUGAUAUCUUACCCUUGGUUCUAAUAUAAGUAUGCAUUGUGGAGUUGAGGAUAAUUUAUCAUUGAACCUGAAAGUUUUAAGUUGGCUCCAAAAGCAAAGUGGAGUUGGCAUAUGAAGGUUGAGGAUGAACUUGGUUUUUUGUUAUUUGGGAGCAAUAGAGAUAGGAGUAGUUGUAAAAGAUUAUAUUUGUAAAUAACUUUUUAAACUAUUGGACUUAUUUUGAACGUUCACUUCUUCUCAAGAUAUUGUAGCAACUUCUAGAGUUGGACAAUUCAAUGCACUUAGAUAUGUAACAAUCAAGUUAUGCGGUUACAGUCAACAACACCAGCAAUCAUGUUGGCACA